UGGUAUAUAAUCACCUAUCAGUUUACACAAUUCGAUACAACAAUGUCUAUGAAGCUCGUCUUGUUUAGCUGCUUUGUGGCAGUCGCAUAUGCCAGCCAGCCGUACAUUGGGCUGCGACUGCCGCCGUUCGGACCGCGUGUCGUUGGCGGUGAGGAGGCCGCGAAAGGCGAAUUUCCUCAUCAAGUAUCACUCCAAUGGGGCUUACCACCGGUCCUCCAUUUAAGUCACUUAUGCGGUGGCAGCAUCAUUAGUGAAAGCUGGGUCCUGACUGCGGCUCAUUGCCCCCGAGGUGUGCCUUUCGGCAGGCUGUACGUGAAGGCUGGCAAACAUCAGAUAACUCAUAAGGAAAGUAACGAGCAGACGUCGAUCGUCAAACAGACGUUCGUUCAUCCCAAGUAUCCAGGAAACGUCGCUCCUUACGACAUUGCUUUGUUGCUAUUAGACAAGCCGUUUGUGCUGAAUAGCUUCGUUCAGCCGAUCAAUCUCCCAAAGCCCGACAGUAUACCCGAAGGUCAAGUGACUCUUUCCGGCUGGGGAUCGGUAUCCAGCACUCAAAUCCCGUCCAUGCCAGCUACUUUGCAAAAAGUCGAUCUACCCAUUAUUGACCUCGAAAAUUGCAAAUUGGCAUUUGAUAAGAUACUGCAAUUUGUUUCACUUGCCGACAGCAAUGUUUGCACUGGUCCAUUAACCGGCGGAUACUCGGCCUGCAAUGGCGACUCUGGUGGCCCGUUGAUGCAAGUUAACAAGGAAGGGAAACCCGAAAUAAUUGGAAUCGUUUCCUGGGGAAUCGUACCCUGCGGUACAGUUGGAGCUCCAUCGGUUUACACCAGAGUAUCGGCUUACAUCGACUGGAUCGACAACAUUGUGAAUGAGAAUUCUUAAUUCGUGAAAUAAGAAUUGUUGUUAUUGUAAAAUUA